GAAGCAGAUCCCAAUCAUCGAAAUGUGAUCAAAUUCGCACAAUUUCCUAAAAGGCAAAAUAAUUGAUUCAGAAAACAUGGAAAUGAAUGACCAUCCAUUCUGAUAAAGCAAAUAAAACAAAAAAGCCCAAACUGAAAUUAUUACAUACGACGAUCAACACUCUGGUACAUUAUAACUUUACGUUUCUUUGAAAAAUACAUUCAGCAGUAUACAGAGGAAGUCCAGAAGAAGAAAUGGGAACAACAGCCACUUUUAACUCCACGUUUCUGAGGGGCUCUCUCAAUAUUUACUCGCCAUCUUCUCCAUCCCAGAAUUGUACAGUAAAGUUCAAUUGCCGCGAAGAAUGCUGGAGAACUACAAUUACGAUGCAGCAGCCCCAGUCCCUGAGAAGUUUAUGUGGCGCUCAGGGGAAAGCAGGCGGUCCCGUGGCUUUUCCUGGAACCGAGGAGUAUGCGCCUGAAAAUGGGGCUCACCAGAACAUCGAGUCGUCUUCUUCUUCGACCUCCUCGCCUUCUCCGUCGUCGGCCAUUGAUUUUCUCACGCUCUGUCAGUUGCUCAAGACUACAAAAAGAAAGGGAUGGGUCAACCAUGGAAUAGAAAAUGCAGAAUCCAUUGCUGAUCACAUGUAUCGGAUGGCUGCCAUGGCUCUCAUUGUGGUAGAUCUUCCAGGGAUAAACAGAGACAGGUGUGUCAAGAUGGCAAUUGUUCAUGACAUUGCUGAAGCUAUUGUUGGUGACAUUACUCCUUCAGAUGGCAUACCUAAAGAAGAAAAAAGCAGGAGAGAAAGGAAAGCUUUGGAUGAGAUGUGCGAGAUUCUUGGUGGAGGAUCGAGAGCUGAAGAAAUUAGGGACUUGUGGAAUGAAUAUGAAAACAACUCGUCUCUAGAAGCAAAUCUGGUAAAAGACUUCGAUAAGUCUUCAAUUUUACAGGUUGAGUUGAUCCUACAAGCAUCAGAAUAUGAAAUCGAUCAUAGAAGAACCUUGGAUGAAUUUUUUGAGUCUAUUAAAGGAAAAAUUCAAACUGAUAUUGGCAAGGCUUGGGUUGCUGAGAUACUUGCGAGGAGGAAUGAAAGACUAAAUUUUGCGGGGAAAUAAUUACAUUGCUUACUGGAAAUUGAAUGUUUUCCUGUCUAUUUUAUUUCAAAUGAUUGCCUAUUUUCAGAGCCUUAAAUUGCUAUGGAACUUUGAAGAGCUUACUGUAAAUAGGCAUUCGUGGUAUUUAUCAUUCAAUGUUAACAUAUCUGGAUAAAGGUUGCAAAUAGUGUAAAGAUGAGAACUCUUAUAGUAAAAAAUCAAAUAUAAAAGUGUUUCCAUAUAUCUAAUCAUUUUCUGACA